UUCCUAAGCCCUAACCUAAGCAGCGUCUGCCUCUUCCUCCUCUCAAAAUCGCGAAAGGCUUGCAGCUGCGACAGCUUAGGGUUCGACGUUUGUGUUCGUUCUCUAAUCUCUACUUCUAUUUGCCGUCGAUAUAGUCUCUUUGUCCUCGACUAGUCGGCGUUGGCUCGACUACUCGGUAUUUUUGCUUGGUUGCUCGAUAUUCUUUCUUGGUUGCUUGUUCGGCCAUCGAGGUGUUUUCUUUGAGUAUUUUUUGCUCUCAUAUUUCAUAUUUAUCUUCAGGUCUACGAGUUCAGGAAGGUGAGCCUCCUUCUCUCUUACAUCCGCCUUUAUUUUUCCCUAGCGAGUUACGAGCAUGCAGGUUUGGAUCUGUUGCUGUUGAAGGAAUUUAAUACACUUGUGAAAAUGCCCAAAGUAAAAACAAAUCGGGUCAAAUAUCCUGAAGGGUGGGAACUUAUUGAGCCAACUUUACGCGAGCUCGAGGGAAAAAUGAGAGAAGCUGAAAAUGAUCCUCAUGAUGGGAAGAGAAAAUGUGAAGCGUUGUGGCCAAUUUUCAAAAUUUCACAUCAAAAGAGUCGAUACAUAUAUGAUCUAUAUUAUCGAAGGAAGGAAAUAUCAAAAGACUUAUAUGAAUUCUGCCUGGACCAGGGAUAUGCAGAUCGUAAUUUAGUUGCAAAAUGGAAAAAGCCUGGUUAUGAGAGGCUUUGCUGUCUUAGAUGCAUUCAACCAAGAGACCACAAUUUUGGAACAACUUGUGUAUGUAGAGUACCAAAGCACUUGAGAGAGGAAAAGGUUAUAGAAUGUGUACAUUGUGGUUGUGGGGGCUGUGCCAGUGGUGAUUAAUUAAUUCACCUAUCAAGUCAGUAUUUUCGCUUAAUCAAACACUUUUUUUUUUCAUGAACUUUCGGCCUUAAUCAAACCAGUUGAU